AUGUCUGAAGAACUUGGGCCUCCACAAUUGAUCGAUGAGCUUAAUACUCCACAUGACUCUAGUCGAGUUUUCAAGGACUUGCUAGCUGGUACGGCUGGCGGAAUUGCACAAGUGCUGGUUGGGCAGCCUUUCGAUACAACCAAAGUCCGCUUGCAAACGAGCUCCACUCCCACAACAGCAGUACAGGUGGUAAAAAAUUUGAUCAAGAACGAGGGUCUUCGAGGAUUUUACAAAGGAACGCUGACACCGUUGGUAGGAGUGGGUGCGUGCGUCUCUUGCCAAUUUGGAGUAAACGAAGCAAUGAAACGAUUCUUCCGAGGCCCUAACUCAGAUGUCAACAAGCCCUUGACCUUGCCUCAGUACUACGUUUGUGGUCUCGCAGGAGGAAUUGCAAACUCGUUUUUGGCUUCCCCAAUUGAGCAUGUUAGGAUACGGCUGCAAACGCAAACAAGUUCUGGUACAGCUGCGAGCUUCAAGGGCCCCUUGGACUGUAUAAAAAAGCUCAAGUCCAAUGGCGCUUUGAUGCGGGGCUUGACCCCAACUGUUCUGAGAGAAGCGCAAGGCUGCGCAACGUACUUUCUAACCUACGAAGCUCUUGUGGCAAACGAAGUUCAAAAAGGUUUAAAGCGCUCAGACGUACCAGCAUGGAAACUCUGUAUGUUUGGAGCAAUAUCUGGUGUUACUCUGUGGCUUAUGGUUUAUCCUAUUGACGUUGUGAAGUCUAUAAUGCAGACCGACAAUCUUCAAAGUCCGGUUCAUGGGAGGGAUCCUAUUGUGGUCGCAAAAAAAAUGUAUACUCAGCGCGGCUGGAGAGUGUUUUUCAAAGGUUUUGGCCCCACAAUGCUCAGAGCGGCGCCAGCCAAUGGGGCGACCUUUGCUACGUUCGAACUUACCAUGCGCUUUUUAGGCUAA